CUCUUCUCUGUAGAGUUAUUUCUUCAUUUUCUGUACUUCUUUUUGGUGAAUAAUGAAGUAAUGAGCAAAGCCCUCAACCUCUUCUUCUCAAGAAGAAGAUGGCUCAGCAACAACAACAACAACAACAACAACAACAACAACCACAGUUUGAAUCCAACCCUUUAUUCGACUCUCUCUACUGUGAAGAAGAGCGUUGGGAGGAAGAAGAUGGGGCAAAGGAGGAGGAACAGCUAGACGAUGUAGAGAACGAGAGGAGCAACAGCUCUUGUCUCUUCCCUCUUCUGCUACUGGAACAAGAACUGUUUUGGGAAGACGAUGAGCUCGUUUGUCUUUUCUCCAAAGAAAAGCAGGCCCAUCUCAGCAUCGACCCUGCCUUGUCCUCUGCUCGUAGAGAGGUGGUGGAGUGGAUGCUGAGGGUCAUCGCCCAUUAUGCCUUUUGUCCCCUCACUGCCGUUCUCGCCGUCAACUACCUCGAUAGAUUCCUCUCCAGCUUACAUUUCCAGUGGGAUAAGCCUUGGAUGGCUCAACUCUCCGCCGUCGCUUGUCUCUCCCUCGCCGCCAAAGUAGAGGAAACCCAAGUCCCUCUCCUCUUGGACCUGCAAGUGGAAGAAUCCAAGUAUGUGUUCGAGGCCAAAACGAUUCAGAGGAUGGAGCUUCUGGUGCUCUCCACACUCCAGUGGAAGAUGAAUCCCGUGACCCCACUUUCGUUCCUCGACCACAUAAUAAGGAGGCUUGGAUUGAAGAACCACCUCCAUUGGGAGUUCCUCCGCCGGUGCGAGCGUCUCCUACUCUCCCUCCUCGCCGAUUCGAGAUUUGUUCGUUACCUUCCUUCUGUAUUGGCUGCUGCGACAAUGCUGCACGUUAUCGAUCAGGUUGAGCCCGAUAAUCCGAUCGAAUACCAGAAUCAGCUCAUGGGUGUGCUCAAGAUCAGUAAGGACGAGGUGGAUGACUGCUAUGAACUCAUCGUGGAGUUGAACUCAGGCCACCGUGGAUGCGGCCAGAAACGCAAGUACGAAUCGAUACCUGGUAGCCCAAACGGUGUCAUUGAUGUUAAUUUCAGUUGCGAUAGCCCCAACGAUUCGUGGGCUGUGGCAUCAUCGGUUACUUCGUCGCCGGAACCUUUGCUGAAAAGGAGAAGAGCACAGGAGCAGCAGAUGCGAGUGCCUACGCUUAGCCGUGUGUUUGUGGAUGUGCUCGGGAGCCCUCGUUAGAGAAGAAUGAUCUUCUCUGUCCUGAAUUUCCAAUUUUAUCAUCUUUUAUCACUCUCUGCCUAAUCUCCCAUCACCACCAUUCACUACCAGUGAACUCUUAGCCACUCCAUGUUGUGAAACAUUCUCUAUUCAUAAGUAUUUAUGUUCCAAGUUAAAUUGCAGGUCAUCUCUGCGGUUCCAUCCAAAAACCCAGUUCGAAAAACCAGAUCUGAAUAUAUCUGUGUGAUUGAAAAUCAGAGAUGGCUGGCAUUGUAGUACUCUACUCUCCAGCAAAAGAAACAGUAACGAGGACUAUUUGCACGUAUAUAUUACAUAAAUUAUAAUGGGUUUUCCUUCCCA